AUGUCUUAUCAAGGUCAUUACAUUACUGCGACCUUAGCUACCGCGGGUGCCAUUGGCGGUGUUUACUGCGCUUACCAUAUUUAUAAGGAGUAUCAAAAGCCAAAGUUACCGACGGAAUGGAAAGAAGUUGGGACUUUGAAAGAUAUUUAUGUUUAUCCCAUAAAAUCUUGUGGUCCAAUAAUGUUGAACAAGGCGGAAUGCACUAUUUUAGGAUUAAAAGACGGAUGGUUGAGAGACCGUGUUUUGAUGGUAGUUGAUGACAAGAGCAGCUUCAUUUCCGCAAGAGGAUUCCCAGAGCUAUUGUUAGUGCAACCCAAAAUACGAAACUCCAUCCUCACAUUGAACCAUCAUGACAUGGAACCCAUUAACAUUGACUUGGCAGAGGUUAUUGCUUUGCAAGCGACUAAAACGGCCCGAGUGUGGGGCAUCACGGUGCCGGUGUACGAUUGUGGUGGAUUUGCCAGUGAAUGGUAUUCUAGGCUGCUCAAUAAAUCUGCAGACAAUUUUAGACUAGUGUACUAUGCGUCACAGCACAGCCGCGUGUUGAGACCGGGCUCCAACAAAUUCUAUAAGUUCACUAAGAAUGAUACGGGGGCCCUCCCAGAUGAAGUUCCUUUCAACCUUAUAAACCUGGCGUCAGUGGAAGACUUAAAUAGCAGAUUAAAGGACUGUCAGGUGACUCCACGGAAUUUUAGGCCUAACUUCGUACUGGCGGGUGCGCAGCCUUACGAGGAGGAUAAAUGGAAAUACGUUAAAAUUGGCGAGAAUGUUUUCGAAAUUAUUAAACCAUGUGGCAGGUGCGUUAUGACUACUAUUGAUCCGGAAACCGGCGUUCGCAAUGCCAAGACAGAACCAUUGGCAACACUGAAGAGCUACCGUCAAAUAGAGGACCCGUUAGAGCGUCGGGCGGCGGGCAGCGCGCCGCUCAUGGGCGUGCAGAUGUCCCUGCGCUCCGGUCCCGGCGGAACGGUCUCGUUGAGCGACACUAUUUACGUUGCU